AUGGCCGAAGAAAAAGGCAACAUACCAGAUGACAUCGAAGCGCCAGAGCCCAUCAACCAUGUCCCCUCACAGAUGGGGGAGAUUGUCAAAGACGAAUAUGUCACUCACGAUGCCGUGUUUGGCGAGGUUACCGAAGAAGGGCCUAACUAUCGUAGUCUGGGAUGGUUGGGAACUGUUGCUUUGAUGAUGAAGACUCAGAUCGGUCUAGGCGUCCUCUCUGUCCCUUCCGUCUUCGACAGCGUUGGACUGGAUGCAGGAGGCUUGAUGUUUGGACGUGUUGGGAAAGAAGUCUUCGGCACGGCAUUUUGUCUCUUCCUCAUCGUGACCAUCAGCGUUGGCAUUCAGGACCGACCAUCCUCUGCACCACAAGUCGGGCCUUGGUCCUCCGAAUUUAAGACCUUCAACAAUCCAUCAUUUGCCCAAGGCGUGUCGGCAGUCUCGUCGUUGAUUUUCGCCUGCUCCGCCACCCCUGCUUAUUUUGCUAUCGCAGCCGAGAUGCGUGAUCCUCGUUUCUUCACUCGAGCUCUUGUGCACAAUACACUGGUCCAGUGCACAUGGUUAUCCUGCACCUUCGGAUGCACGGUCAUCGCCUACCUCAUUCCCAGCGGAAUUCCCUUCUUCAACAGCCUCGUGUCCCUAAUCGGAGCACUUCUCGGGGCCUCCCUAGCCUACCAACCGACCGGGUGCAUGUGGUUCUAUAAUUGGAGCCGGCGGGAUACUCGGCAUUGGAGAUGGAUGUUCAUGGCUUGCUGGAGUGUCUUGAUCAUUAUCAUCGGGUCGUUUCUGACUGUUGCUGGCACGUACGGGUCGAUUGUCAGCAUCGUGGACUCUUUGGCGGAGGACGGUGGAUCGAAACCGUGA